AGCCAAACACAAAUGCCAGAGCUCAUAUGAUCAUAAUUAAGUGCGCAGUGAGAGUGGGAGGAGGACGCGCUGUUUAUCCUGUGAAGUGUAUAACGGUCACUCCUUCUCCCACCACUCAGCCACUGAUCGGCCAGUGUUGCGCUCCUCCUCGCUCUGUUUACAGCCUGUAUUAGUAUUGUAAGAACACAGGACAAAAUCAAGGGGACUUUUUAAGGACAACUUUACGCACUUUUACGCACGGAAACAUCGGUGACUCUUCAGGAGUGACCGCCGGACUGAGAAGAGAGCGGAACCUAUACGCCGGAAAGGCAACUUGUAGACCUGCUUUUUGAGCAUAUUUGAAUCUUCAUCCACUGAAGUCAUGUUUUCCAAGGCUACUGCAAACUUCAUCCAUCAGAUUGACCCUGAAGGAAGCCUCAUCCACGUGUCCCGGGUAAAUGACUCACAGAAGCUGGUUCCAAUGGCACUCGUCAUCAAACGCAACCGCAUGUGGUUCUGGCAGAAGCCCAAGUACAAACCAACAGAUUUCACCCUCGGUGAUUUGUUGUUGGGCGACGAGGUGCUCUGUCCUGAAGUGAGGGAGACAGAAUUCCUGACCUACGAGGGGACGUUUGGAGACAAACUCUCUGGGAAGCUGGACACCCAGGCUGGCUCUGUCAGUGUCAAACUGGGGGGCCAGGGCACUUCCAAGCUCCAGUCAUGUUUUGGCAAGCUGAAGAAAGAGGAAGUGGAUGUGAAGAAGCUGUUACGAGACUCCGGUGACAGGAAGGUGGACAUGCAGCACACGCUGGUGCAACAGCUGGAGAAGAGGGCUGAUGUGCUGGCGGUGGUGAAGGAGAGGAUCCUCACCACCAUUCCCUGCUCCAUCACACAGACAAAAAAGGAGCAGUGCACCAUUCAGGGUGUGCUUGGGCUGAUGGGCAAGUUGGGGAGCUCUGUUAAGGUGUGUGUGAAGGACAGCAGCAACAUUGAGAUGGACAGUGAUGUUUCUUUGGAGAUUUCUUCUGGUACAGUCAUUGCUUACAGCGUCCUGGAGCUGGAGAUCAAACGAAAUGGACACUAUGAUAUAUGUCUUCAACCUGACACAGCCGGAGGCUUUGAGGCCGACUUCGCUGUAACAUCCUUGCCUUCCCAGAAUUUUUUGGAUGCAGUGGAUGGAGAACAGGAGAACAUCUCCUGGUCUCUUACAGGAGAACAGGAGAUGGCCCUGUCUCCGCUGGCAAAGCUCCCUCAAUCAACUAAAUGUGGCUUGAUCAAGAGCCUCCAAGAAACAAUGAGAGACAGAACUGCUCUGUCAUAUCUGCAGUGUGUGCUGGAGGAGUUGUGUUGUGGUGAAAAACACAAUCCGGACAAGCAAGAGGAGUUGUCUGAGAGUCAGAGAACAUUAGUGUCAGCCAUAAUGACCCAGCUCACCAAAGGCAGUUACUGUGAGAAUAGCCACCCUGCCAGCUGUCCACACCUGAAUGCAGCUCACCUGUUGGUCAGUGCCAUGGAGGAGUUGCCUGAUGAAACCCUGAGCCUCCUGAGUGUGAGCUGUUCAGAUUUUCUGCAAGCCUUUGACACACUGAUGUGCAGGUUAAAAGAGAGCAAGAAGCCUCUGUCUAUCCAGCAUCUUCCCAUCCCACUGCAGGACAACCAGGCCUUCCAACAGGCAGAACAGCUGUUUAGCUCCAACAGUGUGACACUGAAGAGAGACACCAACACGCUGUGGAUUGAUACAGGAUGUAAAGCAGGAGUUCUGCCUUUGCUGCUGCGCCUCAGUGUACAUGGAUUGUCCUUGCUGUGCAAUGGGCUGAAGUAGAAGUUGAAUCUGCACUUUUGUCUUUUUUAUAGACUAUGUUUGGUCUAUUUUUUCUUUUUACUGUACUAUAAUCUGAUGCUAUUAUGGUACAGUAAGUAUCUUUUGCAUCAAUAAUAAAAAGUUUAAGAUAUUGUUUUAUAUUGUUAUAUGCAUAUGAGAAGAGCUAUUAUUUUUAACUUAAAAGAAACACUUAAUUUCUCUGAAAUUGAUACUGUUGUUAUUAUUUUGCAUAAAUUCUGUUUCACUGCUUACAUUUAAUCAUUUUACACUAUUCGUUAUCAGUAGGCUGAGGAAGCUCAGUGAUCCUACAACCAGCAAUUAAGCUGAAAAAGAGAAAUUUAAAUUAUAUAGUUCAAGAAUUGUUUACAUGUCAGACUUCCAGUUUAAAAAAAAUGUAAAAAAUUUGAUGUAUGCCAAAUGUACAUUAAAUGACUGCUGCUCCUUAUAAUCCAUCAGUCCAUUAUCUACACCGCUUAUCCUGAAGAGGGUCACGGGGGGCUGGAGCCAAUCCUGGCUGACACUGGGUGAG